AUGAAAUGGAAUAAACAUGCAAAAGAAGGAAUUAUCGCCGCUGGAGGUCAAGGCGAAGGAAAUGCUCUGAAACAAUUGUCGCAUCCUAACGGACUGUUCGUCGAUACGUUGGGUACCGUCUAUGUGGCAGACUCCGGAAAUCAUCGAGUAAUGCGUUGGCCUAAAGGAGCAAAACAGGGUACUGUCAUUGCGGGUGGAAACGGCAAAGGAGAAGGAGCAAAUCAGUUCAACUAUCCCAUUGGUUUAUCCUUCGAUCGACAUGGUAAUCUACAUGUCGUUGAUUGGGGGAAUGUGCGUGUCCAACGAUUUUCUAUCGAAUAGACUUAAUACGACGGAUUUUUUUUUCUCUUCUUCUUUCAAAUAAAUCACGUUGAAUUAAUGAAACGAAUGCCUAUUCUAAUCGCUCACGUAUGUGUUCAGAAAGCAUCAUGGUGGAGCUGUGGCGAGUGUGUGGGUGUUUGAAAAUAUUACCCACAUCCACACCCACAUCCACACGCACACCCACACUCACACCCACAUCCACACCCGCACUCACAUCCACACCCACACCCACAGCCACAGCCACACCCACACCCACACCCACACCCAUACCCACACCCACACCCACAUCCACACCCACACCCACACCCACACCCACACCCACACC